GUUUGAGUUGAGCAGCCGGAGUUCAGGACUGGUCACUUUUAGAGGUUUUCGCGUGAGUCAGCGCCGCUUUGACCUCGCUUGUGAUAUUUUCCACAAUUUGUGUGUUCACUCGUGGGACUCUCCCGGCAAACAGCGUCUGCUGUCGGCGGCGGGAACCAUCUGCCAGCCCGGGGAAGCUGUCACGGAUGUCUGGAAAGAAAAAAGACGAUUCCUUGAAAAAAGAUGAUGGACCAAUAAAGGUUUCCUUCAUCUUCCCAAAUGGAGACAGAUAUGAGGGGGAAUGCAGCAGAUCUGGAUCUGGGGUUUUGGUGAGGAGCGGCCGAGGAAAACACACUUCGGCCGGGGGUGUCGUGUACAUCGGAGAGUGGCACGAGGACAAAAUGCAGGGCCGAGGAACCCUGCAGCAUCCCUCCGGAGCUCUUUAUGAAGGAGACUUCCAGGACAACAUGUACCACGGCGUGGGAACGUACACCUUCCCCGACGGCUCCCUGUAUAAAGGCCACUUCCACCAAAACAGGUUGAAGGGGGAGGGGACCUUCAUUGAUGUACAGGGGCUGGUUUGGACUGGAGAGUUUCAUGGGAAAGCAGCUCUUGGCCUCAAGAUGCAACACAACAUGUAAGCGAAUGAUGGAGUAAACAAACCCUCCAUCGUUUAAAUCUCACCAGUUUGAGCGGGUGCGUUUGUCCCUGUGGGCAGAAGCCACACGUCCACGAGCAGCGUGUGAACAUCUGAAGGCAGCGAGUCGUGUCUGAUGCUGAGUCUCCCCUCAGCUGCGUCUCUGCUUUACUGGUCGCUUCUUUGUAGCAGCGUGUCUGUUUGUAUGCGCUUCGUUUAACACAUUAAAUCAGCCAGGGACUCCCGUUUUACCCCCGAGGCUCUCCGGUUUAUUACAGAAGCUCUGAGACCACUCGCUAGCUUUGCUCUGCUUUGAAAGCUUCUGCUGUGAUGUUCACAAGCUGAUCAAAUGGAUUUUUCCUCCUGUGAGAAACCAGAUUAAAGCUUAAAUUAAAUAAUUAGUUCUGUAUUUUGUUAAACAACAGAGGGGGGUGCUGGUCUAAUAAAUGUAAGCUGGUGAGGGAGAAGGACGAGUUCUGGUAUUUUUUCAUCCCAGACGGUGAUGAGUCACUUUGACCGUCGCU